AUGUCCACCGCCCCCACCGCCCCCAACGCCCCCCAGCCCGCCUCCGCCACCAUCUUUCCCCCCGGCGUCACCCCCUUCGCAAACCGCAAAUUCCCCAAGACCAUCUGCAUGUUUGACGUCGACGGCACCCUCUCCCUCGCCCGCCAGCUCGCCUCUCCCUCCAUGUUUGCCACCCUCAAAGAGCUCCGCAAGUACACCGCCGUCGCCUUUGUCGGUGGGUCCGACUUGAGCAAGAUCUUGGAGCAGGUCGGCAGUUUGGACAACUUUGAUUAUGGGUUUGCGGAGAAUGGGCUGGUGGGGUACAAGUUUGGACAGCACAUGUCUAGUGCUAGCUUUAUUGAGCAUGUGGGGGAGAAGGAGUACCAGAAGCUUGUCAACUGGGUGCUGAGGUACUUGAGUGACAUUGAGCUGCCUAUUAAGCGAGGUACUUUUAUCGAGUUUAGGAAUGGUAUGAUCAACAUCUCUCCUAUCGGUAGGAACGCCUCUAUCCAGGAGCGUAUCGACUUUGAAAAGUACGACAAGGAGCACGGUAUCCGAGCUACCAUGGUUACCAAGAUGGAGCAAGAAUUUGUCCACCUCGGAUUGACCUUUUCCAUCGGUGGUCAAAUCAGCUUUGACGUCUUCCCUCAGGGCUGGGACAAGACCUACUCUCUCCAGCACAUUGAGCCCGAAGGUUUCACCGACAUUCACUUCUUCGGUGACAAGACUUACAAGGGCGGUAACGACUACGAGAUCUACUCUGACCCCCGAACUAUCGGCCAUGCCGUGGAGAACCCCGAGCACACGCAACGUCUUCUUGACGAGUUGUUCUUGACUGUUGCCUAA